AUGAAAAGCGCCGUAAUCAUUGUCGCCGUGGUACUCACCCAAACGUCAUUGGCCGCCUUUUGUGCAGCGUCCGCAUAUCUUGGGGCAGGACGACCUGGUAGCUGUACCGGACAAAAUCUGGGCCAUGGGAAUUCGUCUCGACCAGGGGUUAGCGAGUGCUUCGAGGCAAUCAAUGGUGCUUGUGGGCUGGUAACAGAUCGAACAGCUGGGGGAGGUUGUAAUUGCACUAUCAAUUUCUUCUCUGGAGGGGAUUGCAAUCGCACUUCCGUGGGGUCUUUGCGCUGUAACAGGGUUGGUGCAUCACUGCAAGUCAACUUUGAUCACUUCAAUAUUCGCUGCCCCAGGGAUUGA